AUGGCCAUCCCAAAGCUUGAUUCUUCUCCUUCUAUUUACCAACAAUCCAUCUCCCGCACCCCUAGUUCAACUUCAACGACCUCCUCAAGACUUUGUGACAACACAACGCCUACGAAACGUAUCCCAUCGUCUGGAACGCAUUCACCACGAAGUCGAGUCUGUACACCGAAUAAACUGACACCCUCUGCUCAUUCACAACCUACACUUGCAAUGUCUAUAGUUGCACCCACUCCUCGUACUCCUCAGCCACAGGGCACUUCCUCACGCCUUCAAUCACCCCGCUCACCUCCUCCACGAUCAUCAUCGCGGUCUGAGCGCCUCUUGCGAGAUACCCUCAGGAAAGAUAAUACCCUUCGUACCACUGUCACCUCCCGCGCACGUUCUCGGUCGCGGUCAACGUGUAGUGACUGUGAUGACGACGAGUUCUUUCAACCUAUUCUGCUCUUCCAAUCGUCGCGCAGGAAUAGCGGAGCUUCUGCCCGGAAUGUUCAGUCGAAGACCUUCUACGUCCCGAACGAGAACGAAGACUCGUCCUAUGCACAGCUACUCAGGUCGAGCUCAGACUCGGAUUCAAAGGGCUAUCCUAUUUCUUCCAUCCAGCAAGAGAAACUGGACGAAAGUCUUUCGACAUCAUUACCACGUCCCUAUGUGCUCAGCAGUGAAACAGCGCCUCAUGAGGCAGUUUUGAAGUCACGCCUAGAACGCGUGCUCCAGCGGGGAAUGCGCGAAGAGGAAAGGCGAAUAAAGAGGUCGCCGGAUGAUGAGUCUUCAUCAGCAUCUCCACCCUCAUCAGCGCGCUCGCUAUCAAAUUCAUUCUCAAAUUCUCAUUCAUCUGAGAAGUCGCACGUGACUGCACCUGAAGUGGAAAUACCGCCUUCUUUAUCAUCGAAUCGCGGCCGAGCGCAUAGAAAUUCGCAGUCGACGUCUGUCACUUACGUGCAAAAAUCACCACGAUCACCGCGAUCGCAGGGAGAGACCUCGCCGUGGAUGACGACACCUCUUCCGCCUUCUCCGCCAUUCUCGACUCCAUCAAAGAAGUCACCUUCUUCACCAUACACCACUCCUUCACCGCACUCACAGCACCCGGCAAUGCUCUCAACCUUUUCGAGCGUCAACUCCAAAAUACCAGUGAAUCAACCGCAGUUUGAUCUGCGCGCAGCAUCACAGGCUUGUAAGCAGGUUUCAGGAUACGUGAGCUUCGCGAGUGUUGCUGGCCUCGGCGCACCGCCCGGCGUAGGCGACGACGAAGCGAGCAUAAAGGAACCACGCCGUGGCCGUGGCCGUGGGCGGUGGUGGGUUUUCUAG